CGCGCCGCAGUCGUAUUCAAACGAAGCUAAGGGAAACCCAUGCGAUACGAUGAGCAAUCUUAUCAAUUGGUGCUGGUGCUUAGUGGCGAUCUCCUACUGCCUUCUGUGCCUGGCACCGAUCGACUAUGCGGAAUCAGCAUUGCAGCAGACCAGAUUCAACGUGAGCUUCUCUCAACUGGAAUUCUGCGAAACCUACAUGGCCAACCCAGGAUACUUAUACCGUGACUUCUUCGAAGUUCAUGAACUGAGCAACAACAACAAGAAGGCCGGGGAGCGGCUACACUUGAAGUUUUACGUUAUGACCUCCAUGGAUGCCCACAUCCUGCUCUCCGUGACGAAUCAUAUGCGAUUUAAUGAUCGUGUCUACGAGAUUGUGAUAGGCGCCGGCGGAAAUAAGUUUUCCGCUAUCCGCACCGCCAUGGGAAUGAGGCGUGUGGCUACGAACAGUGAUUCGAACUUGGUAUCACUGUACGAGCCAACGCCAAUUGAGAUUGUCCAGACACAAAAUGGUGAGCUCUUUGUUUACAUUCCCGGAUUCAAGAAGGAGCCCCUGCUGAAGUUCAUCGAUGAAUCGCCGCUGACCAUCAACUAUCUUAGUUUCAGCUCCUAUGGCACUAACACAGCACGGUGGUUCUAUGAUUGCAGCUUCGAUGGUUAUGAUAAGGAAAUAGCUAAGGUUGUGCCUAAACCAACGCCGACGCAGAAACUUCUGAACCAACUCAAUUUCCAGGCGGAGAAUGCCAGCUUGCCGGCGAAUCUUAACUCCCUACGUUUCCACUUCAAAACGAAAUCCAUUGCCUACGAACAGCCCAAUUCCUUGCUCCGCACGCGAAUGCACAUGAUGCUGCACUGGCAGGACCCUCGACUUAGUUGGAAACCUGCUGAAUUCGAUAAUCAGGAGUCCUUUGAGCACAAGGACCUGCGGAUAUGGACGCCGAACUUAAAUGUACUGAACGGCGCCCUGGACUCCAUGGGUCCGGUUUUGAGAUCCUUCGAGCUGCGCGUGUUUGCCAGCGGAAAAAUCACCCUGUCUGCCCAGGACCUGCAGCUGACCAGUUGGUGUGUGGACAGUGCCCGAAACUGGCCGAACGAGCGGGUGACUUGCGACAUCGAACUGGGACUGAUUGGCCAGGAGGAGCAGGGGAACAUGGCACUGAUCUACGAUCAGCAGAACAAGCCUAUUCCGACCAACGAUCACGUGAACACGCUAUCCGGAUGGACAUUCAAGGAGGUGUCCGUGGUGCCAGUGGGCAACGAUUCGAGCAGGCGAUAUACACCCAAGGGCAUGCUCCAAACGGUGGCCGGGGAUGUGGCCAUAGAGUUCACGUUGCAGCGGAACAGGAACUUCUACAUGACCGUCUUCUAUCUGCCGUUGAUUGCCUGCCAGAUGUUUUUGGUAAUGUCGUUUGUGCUGCGAUCUACUCGUAGAAGCGCCCUCAUCCUAAUCACUUUGCUGAUAAAUGCCUGGGGUCUUAUGUACAUGACGCGCUACGCAUCUCCGCACUAUGUGCCGCCUCUAAUGUCGGCAUACAAGAGUGUAAUGAUGGCCACCACCUAUUGCUACAUUCUGCACAUUUGCAUUAUAUGGCUGGAGUUAUAUCCACCCAGGACGAAGGCGCCAGAUUGCUUGGUUGCCGUGUUAAACUCCACGUUAUUACGUUGUUUUCUAGGGUUGAGACCCGCGGAUUCCAGUGACUAUUGUCAAAUUCAGGGAAGGCCAUGGCCCCAUCUCGCCAAGAUUCUGAACAACUUUAGCUCCAUAGUGAUCAUCGUUAUCUUCGCCAUCAUAAAUAUUACGACUGGGAUUUGAAAAAUAGAAUUUUCCUUUAUUUUGCCUUUAAAAGAAUAUUAAUAGUUUCUUAAAUAAAUAAGAAGUGUACAGAUAGUAAAGAUUUUU